AUGCAACGUCCUGGAGAGGAAAUUUGCAGGCUCAAGCUAUGGGACAAGGGCCAGGUGUUUGCUGCUACCGAGAACCUCCAAAGGUCCAUUGAGCAGACCCCCUACUCGAUCCAGGCAGACACCAUCGUCUGCUGUUUCUCCCUCAGCAGGUGCCACUCCCAAAGCAGCAGCUAUGACGGUUAUGCAUCUAGUGAUGGCGGCGACAAUCCAACUCCAACCAGCAGCAACGUGCGGCAGCUUCACUAUCCGUCACAUGCCCACAUGGACCCUGGGCAUGUCCAGCUUAUCUUACCAGGCUCUAUGACCCUCCUAGAGGAUAUUUUCCACAAUUAUGAAGUGACAUUCGGGCCUGGCUACAAGGAAAUUCUACUCCAAGCCUUCUCGGCCAACUCAGACAAAUUGUGCAGUUUUUUCUAUGAAGCGGAUAUCCCAUGGAUUCUUCGUAGAAGCACAAAGAGUUUCAAGGAUCCUUCUGAGUGUACAGAAGAAUUGAUCACCAUGUUGAAAGUCAAUACCCAAGUCCUCUGUUUAAUGCAACAGCAGUUAUGUGAGCAGAGUCGACCAUUUGAGGAAUUAAAAAUAGGCUACUUCAACCAGUUUGCAAAGUGUCAUAUCAAGAAGCUCUUGGACAUUGCAGUUUGUCUUAGUGAGACAGUGUGGUCUGCCACUCAUAUUUGUCCCAUGCUGCUUGCCUAUGAGGCACUUAUGGAUGUCCUUCCUCUUAUUCAAAAGUUUGCUUCCAGCGAAUCUGGUGAUUUCUUUUCCAUUAUUUUACGCAACAUGAGGGAAGCUUUCAGGAAGUUAAUUGGCCAUAUCAAGCACUUCAUACAGUCCAAUAUGGAAAAGCAUCAGGAUGACGUUGCCAUUCAUCCAAUGACAUGUUUCCUCAUAUGCUCAAUGAAAUCCUUCGGGAGCCACAGAAAUUUAGUGCAAUCCACUCUAGCCCCUGGUGACAACUCCAGCUCAUUUGGCCAUCUUCUGUAUGAUGUGAUUACUUGCUGGAAGUCUGUGCUCACUGAACAUUCAAACAUAUACCGUGCGGAUCUGCAGCGGCAAUACAUUUUCUUAUUGAACAACGCAUAUCAUUUCAAUACAAAGACAGACGGUCUGUUGGAUUUGCUGCUAUCAGAUACGCAGAUUAUUAAGCAGCAUGAUGACGAGUUCAAGCUACUCUUCAGGAAGUGGAUUGAUAGUUACACAGAAGAGGCUUGCACUCCAGCCAAGUCUUGUUUGAACCCCAACUGUUGGUGGGGCAGUCAGCGCCGGUCCCUGGUUGCAUUUACUUCAAAAUUCAACAAGACGUUUGAUCGUCAGAAAACUUGGAAGGUUCCCGAUGUUGUGCUACGGCAGGUACUAAAAGAUCGUAUACAGGAUUGCAUUCUGCCAGACUACAGAAGGUGUCUUGAGAACUGUUUGAGUUCAGGACUGUUUUGUUCAUGUCUGCAGAUAGCUUCAGCAGGAGCAGGAUAUAUAUAUACCACAGAGACUUUAGAAACGACAGUGCAGGGCUUCUUUGAAGGAUAA